AUGGGUGUACUUGCUGCCAUACAAGACGGAAAUAAGAAAGGAUACAAUCUCAGACUAACAGUAACAGAUUUAGAUGGUCAUAUAUACUAUGCACAUGGCAAUGUCACAACAGCCGCACAACUUCUUGACGCUUUCAAGACUACAAAGAGAGAACAAAUGUUUGACUCCGACUCAGAUAUUUUGAAUGCGAUUGAAGGAAUUGCAAGCGUGAAGUUCGAAUGGUAUCAACCCAACCCUCAAGCAGUCAGACAACAUGCUGGAUACUUCCCGUUCAGAAAUAAGUCUGACAUUGACUUAACCAGGUAUGGAAUUUACAAUUCAAUUGAAAAAAUUGUCAAUGAACCUUGUAUUCUUACAUGUCUCAGGAACUCUGGUCUUGUUACAGAUGAGAAGAUGAAGUAUCUUGAGUCAUGUGUGAAAACAAGGUACAUUCUUAGAGGUCAAUUGUCAAAAGUUGCACCGUUGGCAAAUGUCAAUAUCCGAGUCAACAUUCCGACUGAGAAAGGUUCUUCACAUGACGACUAUGUUGUUGACUUCAAAUUGCCAUGGUUGAAGAUUGUACUUGUCCACAACCACUUCAUGUUGAACGAAAGUCUUACAAACCCAUUGUUCGGAAAAGGUAAGUGCAACAUUGUCAGAGCUGUUAACAUUCUUUUCGAGAAAGGUUUGUUGGAACCAAUUCCAGAUGACAAGCUGACAGAAACUUUUGUACCAAAAGACGAAACAAACUUUUCAUUGUUAGCAAGACCAAAAGUUGUUCCAGACAAAGUUAUAGCACAAAAGAAGUACACAGCUCCAAAAGGAGUUGGAUUGUUCGGAUACCAACCUGAACCAGAAGAACUUCCAAUGAGGUUGCAAGAACUUCAAGAUGCUAUAAACAAACUUCCAUUGAGACAUCCAGUCGACGUCAAAUUGUAUUGGAGAGCAUCAGAGUUAGGUCAGAAGGUUUUAUAUGAAACAGGUUGCUUCGACGAUGUUUAUGAGAUAACAGGAGAAGUUUCUCAGAAGAUAAGAGACUCGCUUGAAUUUCCACGAACUGGACCCAUUGGUUGCGACAAGUUCGACUCAUAUGAAAAGAUAUACUAUGUCGACCUUAACGCUGCGUACAUGAGGUUUGUCCAAUAUAUCCCGACUGGAAUUCCAAACGAAGAUGGUGAGUUCCCGGGAAGGAACUAUACAGUUGGAAAA